AUGACGACCGCGGUGGCAUCACCACCAAAUUUCCAAAACAUACCUAGGCUGAACUGGAAUGGUGCAGGAAACACUGGAGGGGGGUUUUCUGCCAUGAGCACGGACGAAGUAUCACGGAUAUUCAUGCCCCAGCGCAAAACUGUCCACCGAAGUAGUUCGUCUUCAUCUCUUUCGUCCACAAGUUCGACCGGCUCAACUGUAACUCUUACGCAAAACGAUCUCAGUGGCGAGCAAGCACAUGGGGCGAAGAAGAAAGCAAGAGGAGGCUUUUGGCCUGUCAGCAAAGCCGAUCCAACGUCGAGUAUUUCCACUGCGCGCGCCAACGGAUCUUUACAAACGGCUAUAGGAACAUCUCUUACCGGGAAAAAUGCAAUUCAGCCUGCUCUACCGAGCCAAAACUCUGUCGCUCAAACGAAUGGAAUGAGAGUCGUUAAUGGGCAAUCUGCUGCGGAGCCCGCGGCAAUACUCGCGCUCUUGCCGAUGAAUGGCACUUUCGAAAGAAAACAGAUCAAUCUCCCGUUCUUCCCAGAGGUGCUCCGAAUUGGGCGGCAAACAAAUGCGAAAACAGUUCCUACACCCGUCAAUGGAUACUUUGAUUCAAAAGUGUUAUCCCGACAACAUGCCGAGGUCUGGGCCGACCGGAAUGGAAAAGUCUGGAUCAGGGAUGUUAAGUCUUCUAACGGCACGUUUGUUAACGGGCAACGAUUGUCUCCAGAAAACCGGGAAUCCGAGCCGCACGAGCUUCGUCAACAUGACACCUUGGAACUGGGCAUUGAUAUCGUGAGCGAGGACCAAAAGACCAUUGUACAUCACAAGGUCUCCGCCAAGGUCGAAUAUGUUGGUCUGCCAGGGACCACCAGCAAUGUCCUGGACCUAAGUUUUGGUGACCUGGACCCGUCCCAUCCACUGUUACCAUCGCCAGUCAGCUCACCAAUGAGCCGUGGCAGACCUGGUGCGCAGAUUUCGAAUGGACGCCUAACCGCACCACCGAGUGUUGCUGGUAGUCAGAUGAGCUCCGCCGCCCAGCAACGUCAGAUGAACUUCUGGGGAGCACCUCUAAACGUCGAACAAUUGGUCAAGUCUCUAUCCCAUGAAAUGCGAGCGGCACGAGAACAAGCAGAAGAGCUACAACAAGCCAGUACAUUCCUGCAUUCAUUAGUCACCCUCGUAGAUGACGCUGCUCCGAAAACUCAGCCGCCGACAAAGGAACCAGGCUCACAAAGACAUUCCAAUGGAAGGUCGAAAACUUCGAAGUUAGAUCAUUUGGCCCGGUUUGCCGACCCCCCAGCUCCUCCACCACAGCAACCCUUGCCAGAGAAACCAGACUCCGCCAAAGCAAGUCCAGUUACCACGUCUUUUACUAAUCUCUUAAAACGGGCCGAUACGGCGAAGCCACCCAAUAAUACCUCUCAUUCUCCCACAAAUACUCAAAACAGCCAGAUGCUCUCCUUGAUCGAGGCAUUAUCAAUUGCCAAAAAGGAGCUUGACUCACAGGGGGCCAAAGUCAAACAAUUGGAAGAUAUGCUUAAACAAGAACGCAUCGCACGAGAAGAGGCUGAAGACCGGGCACGACAACUGGAACUUCAUGCCGCAGCUCGACCUGUAACGGCAGUGGAGGAACAAGUAGAGACGGAAGUAAAUCCAACUUCUCCGGACACCAAGGAUUUUGAAACGACGAUAUCGACCAAUGCGGAUGGAACUGCCGAGGAGAAGGCGAAAGCGCUCCAGCAGCAUCUUGAUCAAGUUCUUGGAGACAUGCAAAGGCUAAAAUCAGACGUCGAUCAGUACCAGAGGCGUGCUGAGACCGCUGAAGCCGAUGCAGCCAGUGCCAGAAAAAGCCUGGCUGAAAUGAUCGAAAAGCUGCGGCAAGAGAACGCCGAUGCCGAUGAAUCACCUCGCAAGACCACCAGACAACCGAGAGGGGAUGGUGACGAUGGCAGUGACCGUUCCCGAGACGGAGACAGCGUAUCCAGGACUCGGUCCCCCAUUAAGAAGCAACCGUAUGCUAAUGGACAUGUCCGAGGGCCAAGGCUGCCUGAGCAUCUCGAACGUGCGGUGGUCACAGUUCUUGAAGAGAAGAAUCGCAAUGGUGACUCGCUUGCUCAGUCGGCGCCGUACGUGUCCAUGCUAGGGGUUGUUCUGAUAGGGGUUGGUUUAAUGGCAUAUCUGAACUCCUGGCAGAAAGGGGAAAGAUAA